GGGGAGGGGAGGGGGGGCAACAAUUAAACUGUCAUUUCGAAAGGCCUCCGAUUUAAACCGCCCUGAAUCAGGUGACAGACGGCCGAUUCCGGGCUGGGCGAGGGGCCCGGAAAACGGGCGGGAGAUGGCGCAGGCGGCUGGAGCCCCUUGUGCCCCAGUCCCUGAGGAGCAACCGCCGCUCCCUCACUCCACCUCGACUUCCUCGAGCGGUGACAGCGGCCACGUCUCGCAGAGUCAAAGCAGCGCCUCCGGCAUCGGCGACGAGCACGCGGCGCCGGGCUAUGCCUCGCGCGGAGAGUUUCUACUGGCCGCGGCGGCGGCUGACUACGCCUCUUACCUGCUCCCUUCGCCGCUCGAGAACGUCGCCUCAGCCGGGCAGAUCGGGACUUUGGACAAGAGCCUUGAAGAUUUAUUGAUCAGGGUAGACGAGUUUGUGGGAAUGCUGGACAUGAUUAGAAAUGAUUCUUCUCAAGUAAUUAAUGAAAGUGUGCCACAUAUUCAUGCAAAGGCAAUGGAAAUGAAGAAACUCUAUAGAAAGAUUGACAAACUAGAGGCUUUUGUAAAAAUGAUUGGUAAUAAUGUGGCUGGAAUGGAGGAACAGAUCAUAAAGGCAGAAUCAGACCUUGGAAAUUUUCCAAAUACAUUAAAAAAAUUGUUGUACACAAUCAACGUGCCAUCUUUUUUAAAUAAAUCAUCAUCGAGGCAGAAUCAACCACUUUAUGAGCCGCUUGAUCUCUUCAAGACUGAAGACUACUUUCCUUGUCUUGAUCAAGGACAGUGUAUGUGAUUUAACUGGAAGCGGUAACAUGUAAAGGAGUAUUAUCACUCAGAUUCAUGCUGGCCUUUAAGUUGUUGCUGCACUUUUUUCCGGAAAACUAUGGUGCCUUUCUUGUGUGUCCCAGUUUGUCUUCAAGCGUAUUUACUUUGGCUGGAUUUUUUGUAAAAAUAAUAUACUAGUAUUUUAAAGCACAAUCUAAUAUAAAGCCUUAAGUGGCAGCUAAUUUUAUCAAGAAAAGGUAGUAUGAUAUAAACUGUAAGCAAGUCUAACACUAUCCUCUUAGAUUAGACAGGGAAUAAAUGGGAGGGACUGGAUACACAGGAAAGUCUUCCAGCCAUUAUUUUCAGCCAGAAUAGUUCAGAAAAACUGACCUAUAUAAUUCUGUACUUCCUUCUCUCCUAGGAUAAGACUAGAGUAAGAAAGAUUUUACAAUCAGGUAUCAAACUGUGGUCCAUGUUUUUUUGGCUAAAUUCUUUUGAAGAUUAACAAAGUCUAUACGUGAAGAGAAAUAAGUGGGGAAAAUAAAUAUACUGCGUUUCCUGCUGUUAAUCUCUGUACCACAGGCAUAUUUUUGAAAUAGUACUCAGAAAUGCAAUAAGGAUCAAAAUAUGCAUUGAUGGUAAUUUGAUUCUGUUCAAUACAGCAAGAAGUCGUCCACUGGUUGAGCAUAGUAAAAGUAACUUUGUUCUUUGAAAUGCUGUAUAUUAAAGAAAAAUAGCAAUAUGUAGAUUGCUAAGUUGCAGAAGCAACUGUUUCAUAAAUUUUUUCAUGAAUAUCCUUUUAUAUAAAAUGUGAAAUGUUUGAUCACCAAAGCCCUUAUAUGUUAACUUGUAAUUAUGCAUUUAAUUUUUUAGAUUAAAAUGCCGUUU